AUGAAUUAUAAAUUAAAAGAAAACGUACCGCCUAAUGAAGAUGUGGAUAUAUAUGAAAAGUUAAAAACUUGUGUUAUAAAUAGAAAUGUGGAAGACUUCUAUGAAGAAUGUGUAAGUACCUUUUUGGAAAAAGUAAAAAAUAUAGGAGAUACUAAUCAUAUAAUAUGUCAUGAUAAUUAUUCUGACAUUAUAAAUUUUUUUUAUUUAAACUUAUUUGUUGACAAUUCAGAGUUUGUACGUGUUGUAGCAGUAUCACAAGAUAAUAAUGAAAAUGCUAAGAUUUGUAAAAGAUAUAUACAUGAUAAGAAUGAAAAGGAUGUUACCGAAAAGAGUGAAUUAUUACAAGAAUUAGGGUUGUAUUUAAAAAACAUUAAAUUAAAAUAUUCCGAAAAAUUAAAGAAGAUAAAAAAUGUGAUUAUCGAUAAUAUUAGUACUUGCCAAAAAUGUAUUAUGAUAUAUUAUUUUUUACAGAAAAAAUUGGUUGAAAAAAUAUCGUCUAAUAUAAAUAAGAAAGAUGAUAAUGUUACGAAUAUAAUAAAAAAGGAAAUAUUUGAAUUUAAUUUUUACCGUAUAAUUAAUAAAAUAACAUGUCCUAUAGGUUACAACAACGUUGAUUCUGUUAUAUUAGAGUUAAUGUUAAAUGGUUCCAAAAUAUUUCAGAUGGAUUUAAAUUAUAUAUUAGAAUAUAAUAAAAUAAAUAAAGUAAAUUUAAAAAUAUUUAAAGAAAAAUUUAUUAAUUAUGAUAAUGAUGAAAUAUAUAGAAUCAUAAAAGAAUAUGUUGAUUAUGAUUCUUUAAUUUUUUUCUGUAAUCUUUUAUUUAAAGAAUUUAAAAGAAUGAAAAAUUUAUUAUUACAAAAUGAUAACUAUAAUAAUGGAAAUGAUACAAGUAUAAUAAAUGAAAAUAUUAGUAAUAAUAAUAAUAAUAAUAAUAAUAAUAAUAAUGAUCCAUUAUGUAAUGAUAAUACAUUAUAUAAUUACAAUAUACAAUGUUUAUUACCAUAUAUUUAUAUACACAUUUUUAUUCUUUUAAAACACAAACAAGUUGAAGAAACUGUUAGAAGGGUUUUAAAAGAAAGAAUAAUUUUAUAUUCUUUAAUGAUUAAUUCUUUAAGAUAUUCUGAUAAUUUUAUACAAUUAAUUAUAUUUAAAAUCAUAAAUAAUAUUUUUAUAAAUGAAGAAGAAUUUUUAAAAGAUUCAAAUAAAAAAUUAAUAUCAUCUAUUUUUUCCUAUUGGAUCAAAUUAUCCGAUGGGUGUAUCGUCAAAAUGAUAAAUGCAAGUAUAACCGAUGAAUCCUCAACUAGCCAUAAUAAUUUAAGUCGUAGUAGUAGUAAUAAUACAAAACAUAAUAGUAACAAAUUAUAUAAUAAUAGUUGUAUAAAAAAAACAAAAACUGAUGAUGAAAAUUUUUUAAAAAAUAAUUUUACAGAUUAUGAUAUAUAUAAAUACAUGCAAAGCUUAAUUUGCGGUCUUUAUUUAUUAACUUUAAUAAGAAAAAAAAAAAAUAAUGAUCAUCAUUAUAAUAAUAAAAGUGAUAACACGAAUCAAUUUUCUUCUUUAAAAGAAUACAAUAUAGAUAUGUUAUCCUUAAAUCACUUUUUUAUUAAUAUGGAUAAUUAUAUAUAUCUUAUAGGAUUUAUGUUUUCUGAGAACAAGGAUACAAUAAAUAAUCUAUUUAAUUUAAUUUUCAAAUUAUUAUAUUUUAUUAAAUAUUUAAAAUCGUAUAUUAUUCAAAAUAGAAACUUAAAAAAUAAAUAUUUCGAAGAUACAUGUAUAUAUUCAUCAAUAAAUAUAUUAUAUAAUAUCUUAGAAGUAACCAAGAAAUUUUUUAUAAGUUAUUUUCGUAUAGAUGAAUAUACAAAAAAUUUGUAUAAAAAUUAUUUUAGAGACAGGCCAUUGACUUUUGAGAACAUGGCCUUUUAUGUAAUCCCCUUGUUUAUAAACCAUGAGGAUUAUUAUAUACGUAUAUAUUCAAUUAAGAUUUUGAUAAUCCUCCUGUCCGAUACAAACAUUCGGGAUUCUCUUGAUAAAAAAAACCUUUUCAGGAUCUUCGAUUUAUUAAUAAAUAUAGAAGGAUAUAAAAGUUUAUCACAAGAUGAAGAAGAGGAAGAGAAAAAAAAUAUCAACCAACUUCUUCUGCUAUUAUUUAAAUGCAAUAUUAAUGAUAAUAAGUUAUCAUCUAAUAUAACAAAUUUAAUAUUUAGUGAAAAACAAAAAAUAUUUAUUAAAUAUAUUUUACGUCUAUGUAAAGAUGAGGAGUAUUCAAUAAUACAUAUGAAGAAUUUUUUUGAUUAUUUUUUUGUUUUAUUAGUAAAAUUAAUUAAUAUAAUAAUACGAAGAGCACAAUGUAGUUUAAAUAUAGAAAAGUAUAAAGAUUUCUUUAUGAAUAUAUAUGAAGUUGUUGAAAUAUUUAUGAAGGAAUUAAAAAAAGAAAAACUAAAAAAACACAAAUUAUUAUUUUUAUCCUCAGGAAUAUAUCUAUGUCAUUUAAUAACGAAUAGUAUAUAUAAAGGUAAAAUUCAUUCAUCCGUUCCUUAUUUAAAUGUUGUAAUAAGUUUAAUUAAAAAUAUAGAACACCAUUUAAAUUUUAUACAGGAUGAUUUAAUUUAUAUUAAUAAAAUAUCUAAGGAUAUAAUAUCAGAUAAAAAAUUAUCCAUUCAUUCUGAGGACGAAGAUAAUAAAGAUGACGAUUCAAAAAGUGUAAAGGAUUUACACGUCUUGUAUUUUUAUAAUAACGUAUAUAGUGAAGAAUUGGGCAAAAAUGUGGGUAAUAAUAAUAAUAUGGCUAAUAACAAUAAUAAUGAUAAUAAUGAUAAUAAUAUUAAUAAUAAUAAUAAUAACAAUAAUGGAGAAAAUAUUGAGCAUAAAUGUGUUAAGAGUACCUAUAAAGAAAAUAAAAAUAAUGAUAUUAAUUGUAAGAAUAAACAGACUAAUGAUAAAAACCUCAAAUCUAACCCGUCGGAUAACAAAGGAACGAAUAAUUCAGAAAUAGUAAAAAAAUUAAAUAAAUAUGAUAAGUUUAUGAAAAUGUGUCUUUUACAAAAUAAGAAUAAUGAUGAAAUUAUUUAUAAUUAUAUAAAUUGCCUUUUUUAUUUGUGUGUCAGUAAUAUGAAUAAAAGAACAAGGAAAAAUGUGAUUAAAUCGUAUGAUUUGGUUGUUAAAUAUAUUUUGAAAGAUGAAUAUAAGUUGCAUCGAGUAAAAAAGAAAAGUUUACUUUUUUCCAUGCCAAUUUAUAUUAUUAGAGAUGUUGAAAAUGAGGGGAAAAGGUACAAUUUAAUAAUUGACAAAUAUGAUUAUAUAUUAAGAAGUUAUAUAAUUGAUUUUUUUAAAUGCAAAAAAUACUUACCUUGUUUACUUUUAUCAUGUUUAAGUUUUACAAAUACUAUGAUAUUAUUUUUAAAAAAGAAAAACUUUAUAAAUAGUACAACAAACAAUAAUAUCACGGAGAAGGAAGAUAUGUUAGAUUGUUUCAUGUUAGUAAAUUCCAAAACUUGGUUUUAUUUUAACGUGUUGGUUGAAUGUAUAUGUGACUAUUUUAUGACGUCCCAAAGCAAAAUGGAUGUAAAAAGUCAACAAAUAAAAGAACAACAAAAUGAACAUACACAAAAAUGUAAUAAUAAAAAUAAAAAUAAUAAUAAUAAUAAUAAUAAUGAUGACGAUGAUGUACAUAAAUUUUCAUGGCAAAUUAUUAAUUUAAUAAUAGACAGCAUAUGGAAAAUACUUAUAUAUAUUUUUUAUAAUAUAAAAAUCAAUAUAUUCAGUAUAAAAGUCAAAACAUUCAGUAUAAAUAUCUAUGGCAGAGCAGCAUUAUUAAUGUUCUUACAAUUUUAUGAAUCGUGGAUUGUAUUUAUCAAAACCUUUUUGACAUCAGAAAAACAAAUAUUCAUAUCUAGAAAUAUAUUAUUACCUGACUUAUUUUAUAAAAAGUUUGGUUUUCUAUCAUCCCAAAUAUUAAGCUAUUUUCAUUUUAUUGAAUCCAAUUUUUUUGUGGAUAGUCAAAAUGAAGUUAAUUUAAGAUUAUUAGAAAAGCAAAAAGAUGUCAUGAAUAAUAUUUUGGAUGUUUUAAUAUAUUUUAUAAAGGAUAAGGAUCCAAAGGGUUAUGUGAAUGAGUUAAACAGUUUUUCACAAUUUAAAUUGAGGAUAAAGAAAUUAACGUUUCCAAAAAAGUUACAAGAUGGUUUUUUAUCGUGCACAUAUGACCAUCUUUUUAAGAAGGCCAAGGAGUUAUUAUUACGUGUAGAGAAGUCGAAAACGUUACAAAUGGAUGAAUGCCGCGGUGAAGAUCCAAAUAUCAACUCAAAUUCGUUGCAAAUGGACAAGGGAGAUGAUAACGAAAAUGUAAUUAAUAUUAAUAAUUCUGAUAUAAUUGUGGAAAAAGAUUCAAAAACCAUUAUUAGGAUCGAUUCAAAUUCUAAGGAUGCAAAUGCAGUUGAAAGAGAUGAUAAUAAAGAAGGGAAAAAAGUAUUUUCUUUAGAACAAGCUAAAAAAAUUAUAGAAAAAAAUGCAGCUUCAAAAAAUACAAAGAGAGCAAUAGUAUUGAAUGAAAAUCUUGCAGAAAAGAAUAAACAACAAAUUUUUAAAGAGAUGAAAGAAAAACGAAAAGAAGCAGAAAAUAUCUUAAUGAAAUAUUUUAUUAUGAUACAAGAAUUUUUGAAUUGGGAUUUUUUUAAUUUAGAUAAUAUUGAUAAAUAUAAAAAUUCUAUUAGCGAAGAAUUACCCAUACGUUUUGAAAAUGAGGAGGAAUAUCACAAGUUUUUUCGACCCAUGGCUUUGGAAGAGUGCAGGUGUAGUAUGCUCAAUAACAUGAUGGGAGAUAUAAACAAAUAUGUCAUAAGUAUUGUGGGUAAGAAAAAAAUGCCUUAUUGGGUAGUAUGGCAUGUAUCAUCGAGUAGUGAGAACAAGCGCAAUUUGGAUAACAUAAAACCAAUGGAUUUAAUAGCUUUAAUUCCUUAUGAUGAGGACAGAAACAAUAAUACACAUGCAGAUAAUAAUGAUACAAGUAUAAAAUAUGACAAAUUAAAAGACAUGUUGAAAUGUACUAAACAUGUUAUUGGAUUAGUUGAUAUUGGAUCGAAUAAAUUUGAUAAUAUAUUUGAUAUUAAAUUAAUUAAUGAAGACAAUUUACCUUCUAAGGUGAAUAAUGAGAAAACUCGUUUAAAAUUAAAUUUUAUUACUUGUAAUAAAUUCCAUGCAUAUGUAUUAUGUAAUCUAAUGACAAAUAUUAGGGAAUUUCAAAGUAUAUAUUUGAGUAGAAAUUGUCCUCUUUUUAAUUUAAUAUUAAAUCCUGUAGGAGAAAAUAAAGUAGAAAAAGGUUUAUGUAAUAUGAACAUUAAUAAUAAUUAUAUAAAUGAUUGUGAUAAGGAUAAAAAUGAUAAAUUAAAAAAAGAAUUAGAGAAAUUAACCAGACAGGAGAAACUAAUAUUAAAAAUUUUAAGUAAAUAUAAUUUAUUAAAUAAAUCACAAAUCGAAGCUGUGAAAUUAAUUCUUUUAAAUAAAAAUAAUAUAUCUUUAAUACAAGGGCCCCCAGGUACAGGUAAAACCAAAACAGUUAUAGGAAUAGUGUCUGUUUUAUAUGCAUUAUUAUAUAAAAAGAAUUAUGAAAAAGAUAAGAAAAAAAAAGAUUUGUUAUAUAAUGAACAAAUUAAUAAUACAAAGAAAAAAAAAAAGAUUUUGGUUUGUUCUCCAUCCAAUUCAGCAAUUGAUGAAAUUGCUAAGAGGAUAUUAAAUGAGGGAUUACUAAAUUUUACUAACUUAAUAAAUUCUUAUGAAAAUAAGAUAAAAAAGAAUAAUAUCACAUCGCAAAAAUGUGGUAGUAAUAAUAAGAAGAAGAUAUUGUUAGGGGAUAAUGAUUUAUAUAAUUCCUCUGAUAUCAGUGAUUUUCUUGGUGAAGAUCAACCUUCCAACUUUUCUAAUGAUAAGAAAGAAAAAUCAUCCAAGGGUAUGGUAUUAUUAAAAGGUUUGAAAAAUGUAGAUAAAUUAAAUAAUAACAAUAUAUCAAGUGAAAAAAUGAAUCAAUUUAAAAAACAAACGAUUGCUCCUAAAUGUAUACGUAUUGGAUUAUCCAAAAGAACCCAUGAAGAAAUCCAGCGAAUUUCAUUAGAUUAUAUAUUUAACAAGAAGAAAAGUUCUGAUGAAAAUCUUUAUCAUGUACAUUUUGAAAAGAGGAAAAGUAAAUUAACAUAUUCCAUCGAAGCAGUAGAUUAUACGAAAUUAAAAAUAAACGAAAUGAAAAAUGAUUUGAGUUUGAAUAAUUCUGAAAAGUAUAGUUUUGAUUGUAAUGAUAUUAAUGGAAAGUUUAUGUUUCAGAAGGUUGAAUUUAUUGAACGAUUUUUUUCUGAUGAAUAUAUAAAUAAUUUGGAUAAAAAAUAUUUAGAAAAUUUGUUAUAUUUAUAUAAUGAAUCAUCAUCACAUUAUGAUUGGAGUAUACAAAAAUUGAUAUCAGAAAGAAAUUAUUUAGACGAAUGUAUGACAAGAUUGAUUGAGACAGAUGAGCAGAUUGGUUCUUUUUAUACAAGUAAUAAUAAAGAAAAUAUGUUAUUUGAUAGUGAAAUUAUAUUUAGUACCUUAUCUGGUAGUGCUUCCCCUGUUAUUGAAAAUUUAGAAUUUGAAUAUUUAAUUAUAGAUGAGGCAUGUCAGUGUGUAGAAUUAAGUUGUUUAAUACCAUUUAGAUUGAAAGUAAAAAAUAUUAUAAUGGUAGGAGAUCCAAAACAAUUACCAGCUACAACCUUUUCAUCAGAUUGUAGAAAGUAUGGUUAUAGUCGUUCCUUAUUUGAGCGUUUAUUAUUAUGUAAUGUUUCUAGUGUUUUAUUAAAUAUUCAAUAUCGUAUGAGACCAGAAAUUUGUUAUUUCCCAAAUAAUUAUUUUUAUAAUGGUUUAAUUAAGAAUGCUGAUAUAUUAUCGAAUAAACCAUUUUUUUAUUAUUUUCAAGAUUUGGAUUUUUUUGGAUGUUAUAAAUUUAUUAAUAUAGAUGGAAUAGAAUCUAUGACAUAUAAUAAAUCUUAUAUAAAUUAUGUUGAAGCUUAUUUUAUAUAUAAAUUAGUGUUAUAUAUAAAAAAUAUUAUUUCGAAACAUCAAGAUCAUACCAAAUCGGUUCCUAAUUUAUAUAAAUUACCUGUACAUUUUAGUUUGAAAGAUAUUGGUAUUAUUUGCCCAUAUCAAUCGCAAGUACAUUUAAUAAGAAAUAUGUUCGAAGAAUCUUUUGAAGAUAAAAUCCCAUUCCCCGAAGUAUCAACAGUUGAUGCAUUUCAGGGACGUGAGAAGCACAUCAUAAUAUUUUCUUGUGUAAGAUCUAAAUUGGAGGUGUUAGAAAAUAGUAAGUUAUUACAUAAAAUGGGAACUUAUAAAAAAGCGGAUGAUAAAUGGAAAAAAACAAAAGAAAGAUAUGUCAUAUAUGACAGUGAUGAUAAUGCUGAAUAUAGUAUGAACGAAAAUGAAGAUAAUAGUGAUAAUGAUGAUGAUAAUGAUGAUGAUAAUGAUAAUGAUGAUGAUAAUAAUAAAGAGUGGAAAUACGAUUACAAUGAUGGGGUACAUACCAAAAAAUGGAUAUCUUCUAAAAUGCCUAAUAUAAAAAAUGAGAACGAUUUUCGAGCUAUACAAAAGUUCGGAAAUAAUAUUGGUUUUUUAAAAGAUGAAAGAAGAUUAAAUGUUGCUUUGACAAGAGCUAAGGAUUAUUUAUGGAUAAUAGGAAAUCGUAAAAAUUUAGAAAUGAAUGAAACAUGGGAUUGUUUAAUUCAGAAUGCUAUCAUAAGAAAAUGUUAUUUAGAUUUAAAAAUUAAUUUUGAAAACAGUACCACAGAAAAUAUCAUAAAAGAGAAAGUCAAUGAUUUUUUUAUACAUUUGGAAAACGACAUAAAUGAAAAAAAAUAUGAAUCCUCAGAAAUGAGUAGUAAUUUAUCUUCUAAUUCGUGUAUAAUAAAAGAAGAACACGAUGAAGAAGAAAAUUAUGACGAAAUUAUAGUAGAUGACGACAAAUUAUUUAAAAAUAAAAAUAAAUUUAGAUUAAAUAAAAAUAAGUAUAAGCAAAAUACAAUUUGGAAUAAUUCAGGGGACAACGAAUUUAGUUUUAGUCGAGCUUAUACAGGAAAUAGUUACUGGUCUAAUUAUAGUAAUAAAGAAAGGGAAAAAAAUAAAAAUUAUGAUAAAAAGGGUAAAAGGAAAAUAAAUGACUCCUUACUUGACGAUGAUUUGUUAACAAAAAGAAGAAAAUAUGACCCAUAUGAUAAUUCAAAUGUGUGA